AAACCGACCAAUCGUUGAUGAAGUAGGUAAAGGCAAGCGCGACCCCGUCGGCAGCUGUGUUGCUCUGCUACAGUGUGAAGAGCGCAUCUUGUGUUCAGUGUAUUUCCAGAAUACAGACCAAAAGACGCCUGCAAAAAUGUCCGAAGACAAGCCUAAGGAGGGAGUGAAAACCGAGAACGACCACAUCAAUCUGAAGGUGGCGGGACAGGAUGGCUCGGUUGUCCAGUUCAAAAUUAAAAGGCACACGCCACUCAGCAAAUUAAUGAAAGCGUACUGUGAGAGACAGGGUUUGUCAAUAAGACAGAUUAGAUUUAGAUUUGACGGGCAACCAAUUAACGAGACAGACACACCGGCGCAGUUGGAGAUGGAGGACGAAGACACGAUUGACGUAUUUCAGCAACAAACCGGCGGCUCCUGCUAAAACUCCACACCACCUGGACCCCCACACUUAUCUAUUUUAUUCCUCAUGAUGUUUCAUUCAGAUGCUUUCACAUCGUUUCCCCUUCUCUUUCUCUCUUCUGUCAUCUCUAGCUUUCCUAGAGUGGGCAUCACAAUUGUGUUUCCAGUAGUAUUUAUAUACGCAAUGGUUAGACAGCUACUGUGGUGGGGGAACUAACUCAUGAAGGCUGUCAGAGGGCGUAGUUGUUCAGAUUAACACCAGCCACCAUGCACCAUGGUUUUACGUUGCUCAGAACACUGAUUCACUCGACAAGCCCCGGGAACCGUUGACCCCUCCAUAGUAUAUUCGCCCAAUAAAAAGUGAGGAAGCAUAAUUUUUUUUUUCACCUUUCAAUUCUUAAGAGCUUUAAGUAGGCCUGUUUCAACUCCGAUUCUAUUUGCCUGUAUGUGUUGUAGAAAUAUGUUUGACCAGUGUUGUAUUCAUCUGCCUUUUUAAUGGGGCCGCUUCUCGUAUGAGCUCACUGUAGGGACAGGAUCUGUAAACCAU